ACAAGGAGCUGAGGCUGGAGACCAGAGAGGACAAAUCCAUGCGGAAGAACCUUGUGGAAGAGGCCAUUUUGAGCGGCUCCACGGUACAGGAAUCCAACAAGGAGGAAAAGCACUGGAUAUCCCACACGAGGAGGGGCUCCAAACUCAGCCCAGGGUGCUCUGAGGAGGAAAGACCCACUCUGUACCGGGAAGGCGUCCAGAGCUCAAACCAGGUGGUCCAUGAACAGAUUCAUGAUGGGGAGAGACCCUACAAGUGCUUGAAGUGUGAGAAGAGCUUCACCAAGAACUCCCACCUGAUCCGCCACCAGAGGAUCCACAGUGGGGAACGGCCCUGCGAAUGUGGGGAAUGUGGGAAGGGCUUCAGAGACAGCUCCGACCUGAUCAAACACCAGAGAUGUCACACUGGAGAGAGGCCCUAUGAGUGUGGGGAAUGUGGGAAAGGCUUCAGAGGCAGCUCCAACCUGAUCCGUCACCAGAGAAUCCACACUAGGGAGAGACCCUAUGAGUGUGGGGAAUGUAGGAAGUGCUUCAGAGACAGGUCCGACCUGAUCCGCCACCAGAUGAUCCACUCUGGGGAGAGGCGCUAUGAGUGUUGCAAGUGUGGGAAGCGGUUUCACACCAGCUCAAAACUUAUUUCACACGGGCGGAUUCACACGGAUGAGCGGCCCUUCCGCUGCCCCAGCUGCGGGAAGGGCUUCAA